AUGGCAGAGAAGCUAGGCAUUGCUGGAGCAUUGCAGCGCCCUACUACUUCAAUCAUGUUUGGAGAUGCAACUUCUAAGUCUCCUCUUGGUGUGUUCAAGAACUAUCACUUGAAAAUUGGAGAAUGCAUCAUCCAAACUGAUCUCACUGUCAUGGAGAUGGAAGAAGAGAAGGAUCUACCUCUGCUAUUGGGAACCCCAUUCCUUAGCACAGUUGGCGCUUCAAUAGACUUUCACAAGCAAGAAGUGAUUCUUCACAAGGUGAAUAGUUUGGUGUCAUAUCGCUUGCAGCCUAGAGGUUCAGACUUUUGUGCCACAAUUGAAAGCAUCCUCUCAGUUCCAAGACUCAUGAAGUUGCCAAAGGAAGCGCUCAAAAGAAGGGGAGGAUGCAGCCUCAAAGGCACUUGUGGGAGAGAAAAGAAAGGACCCACCAGCUCAGGUUUCCUCACCAAGCCAUCUCAGCUCACUAUGACCUUGUUCCCCACCAAGUUUGAAAAUGGGAAGAUUGAGUACAAGAUAAGGUACAAGGGGAGAUCAAGACCAUUCUCUAGAGCCAAGGCCUUGGUCACUUCAGAGCAGUCCAGGGAUCCAACCAAGCUAAAGGAGCUUCUGUCUCAAGUCCUCACUAUCACCCUUGAUGGUGGGACUAGCUCAACCAAUGCCUAA